UUGGUGCUUCUGCUUGUUUAUCUUGAGUCUGAGGAGAAGAACUUCUGGGGACGUUUAUAAUUCUCCAUGGCUAGUAAUGAGAAUCUACCACCCAAUGUUAUCAAGCAGCUUGCCAAGGAGCUGAAGAGUCUAGACGAAUCUCCUCCAGAUGGCAUCAAGGUUGUGGUAAAUGACGAGGAUUUCUCACAAAUAUGUGCUGAUAUUGAAGGACCAGUUGGUACUCCUUAUGAGAACGGAGUUUUCCGUAUGAAAUUGGCUUUGUCACAUGAUUUUCCACAUUCACCGCCUAAAGGCUACUUCAUGACAAAGAUUUUCCAUCCUAAUGUUGCUUCUAAUGGAGAGAUAUGUGUUAACACGCUUAAAAAGGAUUGGAACCCUAGUCUUGGAUUAAGACAUGUUCUCUCUGUUGUAAGGUGCUUAUUAAUCGAGCCAUUUCCAGAAUCUGCAUUAAAUGAACAAGCUGGCAAGAUGCUACUUGAAAACUAUGACGAGUAUGCGAGGCAUGCUAGGCUUUACACAGGUAUCCAUGCUAAACCAAAACCGAAGUUCAAGACAGGAGCAAUCUCAGAGUCAACAACUGCUCUAAAUGUUGGUCAGACGAACAACGAGACGCCUAGUGCUGCUACUGCAAUACCCUCUUCAAUGACAGACAUAAAGAGAGUAACGAGUGCCCAAGACCAACAACACAUGGCUAAUGUCGUUGUAGCAGCCACAGCAGGAUCUGCAAGUGUGGUCACUACGACUCAGAAAAGGGAGGCAGGUUUGGCCAAGGUUCAGGCAGAUAAGAAGAAGGUAGACGCUAGAAAGAAAAGCUUGAAGAGACUAUGAUGAUGCUAUCACUCAAAUGUCUUACGCUCUUGGAACCUAAACUGUUGUUUCCUUUUUACUUGUAAGAGAUCUGUUGUUUGAGGAUUUCUCAUUCUGGGAAAUAAUAAUGUUUGCCAAUGAAGCCGAAUGUUAAAC